CACGCAGCCCGCCGGGAGCGCGGUUCGCCCCGACCCCUUCGCCGAGCCCGACAACGCCCCCGGCCCCAUGCAGUCCCGGUUCCUGCUCCUCGGGGCGCCCGGCGGCCCCGGCGGCCCGGCUGCGCGGCGCGUGCGGCUGCUCCUGCGGCAGGUGAUGCGGGGUCGACCGGGCGGCGACGCGCGGCGGUCGGAGGUCAGGCUGGUGCACGCCGGGGCGGGGGCCGACACAGGUGAUACAGUUAAUAUUGGAGAUGUAUCCUACAAAUUGAAAACUCCUAAGAGCCCGGAACUUGUGCCACAGAACUACAUUUCAGACUCUCUGGCUCAAUCUGUAAUUCAACAUCUAAGAUGGAUAAUGCAGAAGGAUCUUUUGGGACAAGAUGUUUUUCUAAUAGGACCUCCUGGGCCUCUUCGACGCUCUAUUGCUAUGCAGUACCUGGAGUUGACCAAGCGGGAGGUUGAAUACAUUGCCUUGACCAGAGACACCACCGAAACAGACCUCAAACAGCGUCGAGAGAUCUGCGCAGGCACGGCUUUUUACAUCGACCAGUGUGCAGUCCGUGCAGCCACGGAAGGUAGAAUCCUCGUUUUGGAAGGCUUGGAAAAGGCGGAGAGGAAUGUUCUUCCUGUUUUGAACAAUUUACUGGAAAACAGGGAGAUGCAGCUUGAAGAUGGACGCUUCCUGAUGUCUGCCGAGCGUUACGACAAACUUCUCCAGGAUCAUUCCAAAACAGAAUUGGAUGCUUGGAAAAUUGUCCGAGUUAGUGAAAAUUUCCGAGUGAUUGCUUUGGGCUUGCCAGUGCCUCGAUACUCAGGGAAUCCAUUAGACCCCCCUCUCCGUUCUCGAUUUCAAGCCAGAGAUAUUUAUUAUCUACCCUUCAAGGACCAACUUAAACUGUUGUAUUCAGUUGGCACCCAUGUUUCUGCCGAGAAAGUUUCUCAGCUCUUGUCCUUUGCCACCACUCUCUGUUCCCAAGAAUCUUCUACUCUUGGACUUCCAGAUUUUCCUUUAGAUAGUCUACCAGCUGCAGUUCAAGUCCUGGACUCCUUUCCUAUGAUGUCAAUGAAACAUGCCAUCCAGUGGCUUUACCCAUACACUAUUUUACUAGGACAUGAAGGGAAGAUGGCUGUGGAAGGUGUUUUAAAACGCUUUGAACUCCAAGAUUCAAGAAGCUCUGUGCUCCCUGAGGAGGUGGUGAGAGUGGAGAGGGUGACUGAAAAUCAUGUCUUCCAAGCUUCUGUCACUAUCCGGAUUGCAGGAAAAGAGGUGACCAUUAAGGUGCCAGCUGGGACCAGGCCAUUAAGUCAACCUUGUGCAUCAGACCAUUUUAUACAAACUUUAAGCCAUAAACAACUCCUGGCUGAAAUGAUGCAGUCUCACAUGGUUAAGGACAUAUGUUUAAUUGGAGGAAAAGGCUGUGGAAAAACAGUCAUCGCUAAGAACUUUGCAGAUACCUUAGGAUACAAUAUAGAACCUGUCAUGCUGUAUCAGGAUAUGACAGCACGUGAUCUGCUACAGCAGAGAUACACGCUUCCAAAUGGAGACACUGCCUGGCGGUCCUCGCCCCUCGUAAAUGCUGCUCUGGAAGGGAAGCUGGUUCUCUUGGAUGGCAUUCACAGAGUCAAUGCGGGUACACUCGCUGUAUUACAAAGGCUGAUCCACGACCGAGAGCUCAGCCUGUACGACGGCUCUAGGCUGCUGAGAGAAGACAGGUACAUGCGUUUAAAGGAGGCACUGCAGAUGUCUGAUGAGCAGCUACGGAAGAGAUCAAUUUUUCCUGUCCACCCCUCCUUCAGAAUCAUCGCUUUGGCAGAACCCCCUGUUGUUGGAAGCACAACACAGCAGUGGCUGGGACCAGAAUUCUUAACCAUGUUCUUUUUCCAUUACAUGAAACCACUUGUCAAAAGCGAAGAAAUGCAAGUGAUUAAGGAAAUGGUCCCAAAUAUACCUCAGGAAGCUUUGGACAAAUUGUUAUCAUUUACACACAAACUCAGAGAGACACAGGAUCCAACAGCACAGUCGUUGGCAGCAUCACUUUCUACCAGACAGCUGUUGAGGAUUUCUCGUCGGCUGUCACAGCACCCUAAUGAAAACCUUCACAGUGCUGUCACCAAAGCCUGCCUUUCCAGGUUUUUACCAAGUCUUGCAAGGUCAGCGUUAGAAAAAAAUCUGGCAGAUUCUGCAAUAGAAAGAAGUACCGAUAAUAACCUGGAACGAGAAUUAGAGGAUUACAAAUGUGAAGUAACAUCUGGGUCUCUGAGAAUUGGAGCUGUUAGUGCACCGAUCUAUGAUGCCCAUGAGAAAAUGAAAGUGCCUGAUGUUCUGUUCUAUGAAAACGUCCAGCACAUGAUAGUGAUGGAAGAUAUGCUUAAAGACUUUCUUCUUGGAGAACACCUAUUGUUGGUUGGUAACCAGGGUGUAGGAAAAAACAAGAUUGUUGAUAGAUUCCUUCACCUGCUCAAUAGACCCCGAGAAUAUAUCCAGCUGCACAGGGACACCACGGUACAAACCCUCACUCUUCAGCCUUCUGUUAGAGAUGGACUUAUUGUGUAUGAAGACUCGCCUUUGGUUAAAGCAGUAAAGUUGGGUCAUGUUCUGGUAGUGGAUGAGGCAGACAAAGCCCCAACAAAUGUCACCUGUAUUUUAAAAACUCUAGUAGAAAAUGGAGAAAUGAUUCUAGCAGAUGGAAGACGCAUUGUUGCAAAUUCUGCUAAUGUCAAUGGAAGAGAAAAUGUUGUUGUGAUUCAUCCUGAUUUUAGGAUGAUCGUUCUGGCCAACAGACCUGGAUUUCCUUUCCUAGGCAAUGAUUUCUUCGGUACCUUAGGUGAUAUUUUUAGCUGCCAUGCAGUUGAUAAUCCCAAACCCCACUCGGAGCUCGAGAUGCUCAGGCAGUAUGGCCCGAAUGUGCCCAAGCCCACCCUUCAAAAACUCGUGGCUGCCUUUGGAGAGCUGAGGAAUUUAGCCGACCAGGGGAUUAUUAACUAUCCUUAUUCUACCAGAGAAGUCGUCAACAUAGUCAAGCAUUUACAGAAAUUUCCCACCGAAGGUCUCUCCAGUGUGGUUAGAAAUGUGUUUGACUUUGAUUCCUACGACAACGACCUGAGGGAGACUUUGAUUAACACUUUACACAAACACGGGAUACCCAUCGGAGCAAAGCCUACCAGUGUGCAGCUGGCAAAGGAGUUACCUCUGCCAGAGCAGACAUUCGUGGGCUACUGGACAAUUGGUCAGUCAAGAAAUGGAAUGCAAAAACUGUUGUGUCCAGCAGAAACUCGUCACAUAGACGUAAAGGGUCCAGCACUUAUAAACAUACAGGAGUAUCCAAUAGAAAGACACGAAGAAAGAUCCCAAACCUUUACUGAAGAAUGUGCCUCCUGGAAGUUACCAUUGGAUGAUAUUAACUUAAUCUGUGACAUUGCUACAUCACAUGAAAAUGAGGAAGAUACUCUCUACGUAGUUGCAUGCAAUCCCAUUUCCUUAUACUUCAUGAAUAUGACUGGGAAACGUGGCUACUUUGUGGACUUUUUUGACAUCUUCCCAAGAAUGGCCCGUGGAGUUUGGCACCCGUUUGUGACAGUGGCACCGCUGGGAAAUCCCCUCAACGGUCAAGUGAUUCUCCAUGAGCAGCAGAGUAAUGUCAUCCUGUUGUUGGAUACUACCAGCCAAGCCCUCCGCCGUCUCAUCCUUCCUUCAGAGGGGCUUCCAUCUAAGAAGACUUCCUGGUGGAACAAGGAGGAAACUGAAACUUACAAAAUGUGUAGAGAAUUUUCGCACAAAAACUGGCUGGUAUUCUACAAGGAAAAAGGGAACAGCCUGGCUGUGCUGGAUGUUCUAGAAGGACGCACUCACACCAUCUCCCUUCCCAUCAACCUCAAGACAGUCUUUCUCGUGGCAGAGGACAAGUGGCUUCUGGUGGAAAGUGAGACAAAUCGGAAAUAUCUUUUAACUAAGCCUGCACACAUCGAAUCUGAGGACAGUGGGGUUUGCCAGUUGUAUGUGUUGAAAGAGGAGCCACCUAGCUCAGGCUUUGGAGUCACACAAGAAACAGACUCCAGCAUACCUCAUAAAAUUUCAAGUGAUCAGCUAUCAUCUGAAAAGCUAAGUUCAGCUGUGGGACAAAAGAUUGCCUCUCCUAACCGAGUCCUCUCAGAUGAGAAUAGUUACGCUACAAUCGUUGUUGGGUUCCCAGAUCUCCUGUCACCUAGUGAAGUUUAUUCUUGGCAAAGGCCAUCAUCUUUGCAUAAAUCAAGGGUCACUGAUACAACAUUCUAUGGAGGAAGGAAGAAAAGUGGAACUCCAAAACAGAGCAAUUGUGUGACUCUUUUGGAUACUAAUCAGAUAGUCAGAAUUUUGCCCCCAGGAGAAGUCCCUCUAAAAGAUAUCUACCCAAAAGAUGUUACCCCUCCACAAACAGCUGGCUAUAUAGAAGUCACUGAUCUCCAAUCAAAGAAACUCCGAUAUGUCCCUAUUCCUGGAUCAGAAUCUCUCUCACCAUAUACCACGUGGCUGUCUACUAUUUCGGACACAGAUGCACUGCUGGCUGAGUGGGGCAAAGGUGGCGUUGUUACUGUUGAUAUGGGAGGUCGCGUCAGGCUUUGGGAGACUGGACUUGAACAUCUGCAGCGGUCACUCAUGGAAUGGAGGAACAUGAUUGGACAAGAAGGUGACAGACAUAUACAGAUAACAAUCAACAGAGAGAGUGGUGAAGACGUGAGUUCCCCCAAACACGGGAAGGAGGACCCAGACAACAUGCCCCACGUGGGCGGCAACACUUGGGCUGGCGGAACAGGGGGAAGAGACACUGCCGGUCUGGGUGGCAAAGGUGGUCCUUACCGGCUGGAUGCAGGCCACAAAGUGUACCAGGUCUCCGAGGCUGAGAAAGAUGCAGUCCCCGAGGAGGUGAAGAGAGCUGCGAGAGAGAUGGGCCAGAAAGCCUUUCAGCAGAGGUUAAAAGAGAUCCAGAUGAGUGAAUAUGAUGCUGCAACCUACGAAAGGUUUUCAGGUGCUGUUCGACGGCAGGUGCACUCCCUCCGAAUUAUCCUGGAUAAUUUACAGGCUAAAGGUAAAGAGAGACAGUGGCUAAGACACCAAGCUACUGGGGAACUAGACGAUGCCAAGAUCAUUGAUGGUCUGACUGGAGAAAAAGCCAUCUACAAACGCCGGGGUGAGCUGGAGCCACAGCUGGGCAGCCCCCAACAGAAACCCAAGCGCCUGCGCCUGGUGGUGGAUGUAUCCGGCAGCAUGUACCGCUUCAACGGCGUGGACGGCCGGCUGGAGCGCUCGAUGGAAGCCGUGUGUAUGGUCAUGGAGGCCUUCGAGAACUAUGAGGAGAAGUUCAAGUAUGACAUCGCUGGACACUCUGGAGAUGGCUACAACAUUGGUCUAGUCCCCAUUAACAAAAUCCCCAAGGACAAUAAGCAGAGACUAGAAAUUCUGAAGACGAUGCACGCCCAUGCUCAGUUCUGCAUGAGUGGGGACCACACAUUAGAGGGGACAGAACACGCCAUCAGGGAAAUCGCCAAAGAGGAAGCUGACGAGUAUUUCGUCAUCGUCUUAAGUGACGCGAACCUGUCACGAUACGGGAUACAUCCUGCCAGGUUUGCCCAGAUCCUGACAAGCAACCCUCAAGUAAAUGCUUUUGCCAUUUUUAUUGGAUCUUUAGGUGAUCAAGCAACCAGGCUUCAGAGAACUUUACCAGCUGGCCGGUCUUUCGUUGCCAUGGAUACCAAGGACAUCCCUCAGAUCUUACAGCAGAUUUUCACCUCCACCAUGUUGUCCAGUGUUUAAGAAGUGCCCUCGACCACCCUGAUGACCCUGGGAUUUGAAAUCAGAUCCAAAGAAAGAGUAUUCUGAAGAAAACGUCUCUAAAGUGCACCCAUGCGAUGGCGGGGCUGAUGCUGGCAUUCUCGGGCCUCCUGUACUUGCUCAGUAAUCGGCUUUCAGAGAAGCGGCCAGAGGGAGGCCUGUGCACAGAAAUCUACAACCACUGACGGGUUUACCAGUCGUUAGAGAAAGCGAGUUGCCCUGCGUUUUACGAAAGUUCAGGGUUAAACGAAGAUGGUUUGAGAACUAUGGGGCGUGGUCUGUUUCCAAAAAUCUGAGGGAAAGAGAGUACCUUGCUUUUACCUUAACACAUCACCUGGUCACCUACGAUAAUUAAAGUGACACCAUCAAAAUGAGCCUUCGAUGCCACAUUCUGACCCUGAAAUCCAGAUCUGGGCAGACCCACCCAACCAGCUUCUGUUCAGUAAUUAUUUUUAUUUUCUCCCUGACUCUGUAUUGCCCAACAAACAAUGAUUCUAUAGUAUUUAACCCACUGAGAAGUCCUGUCAACAGCAAUAUUUUAUAAAAGACUAGGUUUUCUCAGUGAUGUCAUUCUCUUAGCCAAAACCAAAAGGAAUCAGAAGAUCCUUGGAGCGCAUCCUUUCCUACGUGACUUUUAAAAGGCUUUUCAAAUAAUAAAGAGCAAAUGUCUUAUUCUCCAUGCUGCUAGGAGUGGAAAGGGUAAAGGAUGUCUUGCCUCGAAUUUCCUGUUUCUUCUCAUUCUUCAGUGCUUCUCAAAGUUUUCACACUACUCCAUUUUGGUGUCCAAAACGUCAUGCUCAAAAUAACAAAUGUUUAUGUUUUUACUUAAAGCAAAGUGAAAACAAGGCAGUAUGUUUGAACUAAAUGAUAACUGGAGAUUUCUUUAGCUGUAAAUAUAUGUAUACACACACACACACACCAUAUAUGUGUAUACACACCAUAUAUGUGUGUAUAUAUGUAUGUAUAUAUGGUGUGUGUGUAUAUAUAUAUAUUUAAGACUCGUUUUUUUUUUUUCAAAGUGUACCUUAUCUCCCUCCACCUCUCUUGGGCUGACCUUUACUUAUCAAUAGGCUCAAGUCAUUUUUUUUCAAAUGCUUCAGCGGAAGUCAGUCUCUCUCCAACCAUAUAAUAAGUUUCUCUUCAUCAUUCAUGUCCAAGUCCGAAAUGCCGGGGGCACCAGUGUGUGUGUGCUUUCUAGUGACGACUUGGAAAAACUAGUCUUGUUAAUAACAUUACCUGAGUCACCCAUCCAUAGUGGAACUGUACGGAUUCAUUUCAUUUUCAUGAAUUAUAUCAAAGAAGAAAAGAUGACACUCAUUUGUCUCACCGCCCCAUCUCCCUGCCAACUGUCAAAAAAAUAACAGCAAUCAGAUUUCCAGUGCAGGAUUACCCAGUGAAUUUGCGUGGCUUGUCUCGUUUCUCUAGACAGACACUUGCUCUGUGUACUGAAUCGUCUAAUGAUGCAAACAACUUCAAUCCAACCAGAACCUUCAGAAAUGUAAUUGCAUGAAUAACAAAAAGUACUACUAAUAGUAACAAUGAGACAGUGACUGACUAGCAUUUACUGAUGACUGUGUACAGGUGUGCUCAGUGAUUUCAUACAUCAUUCCAGUCCUAAAACAAUGCAUGUAAAUGUUUUUAAUCUCAUUUUACAGAUAAGGAAAGUGAGACUCAGAGAACUUAAGUCACUUUCUCAAGAUCCCCAAUAUGAGACUAUUGACUAACUACCCACUGUACUGGUAACAUUCUCAUUUUACCAGUGAGGAAGCUGAGGCUCACAGAAGUGUGAGGGAAUCAGCUGCACUCACAGCCAGGCAGGGGCAGAGCUGGCCUGGGCUGUCCCUUCUCUUGCUUCUUUAUUCUUGCAAACCUAGACAUCGAGCUGUUGGUGCUUUUUUUUUUCCUUCCUCCUUCUGCAAACUGACCACAGUUCUUAGAGCUCUCGUCUCUUCCUGGUCCCCCAACACCCUCUGCACGACGUGAGCGCUCACAGGAGGGUGUGGGAACCAAGGACACAGGACACUGCCGGAGGGACCCGUCUAUCCACUCCCUCCAGGGCACAGCAGCGAAUUAAGGAAGUGCCCGUCCAAGUGGCAGCUUAACCCCUAGGGACCCCCCUUUGCUGGAAGGUCACAGCCCCUGAAAAGCCUUUGGAAGCUGAAUCCAAGAGUGAUUGACGGAACAGCCUUUUCACAAAUCCUCCCCACGGGUAGCUGCCUGAGUAAGCAGAAGACUUUUUUUUUUUAACAUGGAAAGAAUGUUCUCAAGUAAUUUAAUUUCCCUUUCCCCACUGGCCAGACAUCCUUUGCAAAAGUUAUUUUUAAAAGACAUAUAGCUCCUGGCUUUUCUGAUUUGUAAAAGAGAAGGGUAGUGGGGGAGGGGCAUAGAGAGCGAGAAGAUGCAGGGUUAUUUUCACUUCUUGCAAUACCUAAGGAGCUGUGCUUUUAUUAUUCAAGGUACUUAAUUAUAGGCCACUCCAAGCUGUUCCCAGGCCCUUCUCAGGGCCAGGACAUUAUAAUAAACGCAUUGUGUGCCUCGGGGGAUUCCACUGAAGGCGUCUAAACCCAUCCUGGUCUCUGCAGUGAGCCCGCGUAAUGCUGAGAAGGUUCAUUGUUAUCCUGAGCAGCCAGGAGGAAUGAAUGCCCCAAAUCGUCACUGUAGAUGAUGUGUUUUCUCCCUGGAAUCCUUUGUGUGCUCCAGCAAAAUGACCUCAUCCUACACGGGGGCAGCCCGAACGCAACCACAAGAAGUGGUUCGGAGCAGGAGCACUCGAGCCCAGUACCCAUUUGGAAUGAAUCCUGUAAUUCUGUCCAUUACACCCUUCCCUGUGAGCUGUCAGGCGGAGACAUCCAUCAAUGCCAGCGAGGUUCUCUCCAAACAAACUCUAGGGCUUUGAAAGGCGUUUAGAAGUAUUGUUUUCCAUGAACAGCAUUGUCAGUGUUCCUGAAAGGCAGCUCCAGACGCUCCAAACGCUCCGUCCACCUGGCUCCUUCCUGUGCCUGUCAGAUCAGCCCAAAUGAAAUUCCUCAGGGAACAGAGCAGGGACCAGGGGAGCAGGAGGAAUAGCUGCUUAUUCAUUGCAUUUCUCUGUCUUUGUUUCCAACAAUCACAAUUAUAAGAGAUAUUUCACAAGUCUAAGCUGGUAUCUCAUGUGCCUACAAAGUUUUUCUGGAAUUGCAUCUCAGGAAUAGUCAAAUGUCCACUUGUACUUAGUAAAUUGUACAUAGUUUCUUCAUCUUAUUAAGAAAUAAAAUGUCCACUUUAAAAAAAUUAUUCCAUGAGGAGUUCAAGAUUUGCAGAUACAAACUACUAUAUAUAAAACAGAUAUUCAAGUUUCUACUGUACAGCACAGGGAACUGCUUUCAGUAUCUCAUAGUAACCUGAAAAAGAAUGUGAAAAGGAAUAUAUGUAUGUAUAUGUACGACUGAAACAUUAUACUGUACACCAGAAAUUGAUGCAACAUUGGAAACUGACUAUACUUGAAUAAAAAAAAAAUUAUUCCAACCAA